GAUUCAACUAUGAAUACCAGCCAUAGAGAGAUUUUCGGAGCUACAAAUUUUAUUAAGCUACCGAUCUCAACAUAACCUAACAAUUUAAAUUAAGCGGAGUCUGCGGCUGCGCGCAAGGGCCUGUAAGGCAGUCCCAGCAGUCCACACGCGCGCAAUAAAGGUUAAAGUAGGAAGUGAUAACCAAGCUAAAGAAAUAAGAAAAAUAUAAGAAGAAAAAUAUAGAGCACAUACAGUUAUUCAGAAGGCAUUACAGAAUACAACAUUGAGAAAUAAAGAAGUCCUUGAAAUAGUCAAGUCAUAUAUUCAUUAACGGAUGACACAUUAAACUCACAAAAGAAAAAAAAGUGUUUAAAAGGUGCACCUGUUUCACUAAACAAUUUGUAUCUUCUCGUGCUAGUCGUGCUUGAAUAUAUAAAUCGAUCGGAAGGAUGUGAAAAUAACGGAUGUGCAAGAUUAUAAAGUUUACCUUGGGCAAGACAACAAGGGAGAAUGUUACGAAGUGUCUUAAAGUCGAAGUUUGGUUACGAGGAUUUCAAAAAUGACAUUCAAAAGCAAGCCACUACCACUAUUCACAGAGGUUUCUACGAAACUUAGAAAGCAAGAUGUAUUCGUGUGUAUGCCUACGGGUUCUGGGAAGUCUCUUUGUUUUCAAUUACCAGCGAUAAUGAAGGAGCAGAAAGUUGCAAUUGUCUUCUCACCACUCUUAGCUCUAAUGAAGAACCAAAUAGACUUUUUGAUGAGUAAAAAAAUUAAUGCCUGCUCUUUGAAUUCCACCACAUCCAACAAAGAUAGGAAUGCUAUUAUGAAAGAUCUACUGUCAGAUGCACCAAAGAUAAAAUUAUUAUACGUUACUCCUGAAAUGGGAGCUCAACAUCAUUUUCAGGAAACUAUAACUCAAAUGCAGAAGAAAAAAACACUCUCUUAUUUCGUUAUUGAUGAAGCUCACUGUUUAAGUGAGUGGGGUCACGAUUUUAGGCCCACUUAUAGACAAUUGGGAACAUUUAAAAAAUUGUGUCCCAAAAUACCUAUGAUUGCAUUAACUGCAACUGCUGCAAAGCAGGUAAAGGACGAUAUUCUUCAAAGCUUACACAUGAAAGACGCAGCAAUAUUUUUACAACCGGUAUUUCGUCCUAAUUUAUAUUAUGAUGUAUGGUUUCAAGAAAUGCUGGACAAGCCAUUUGUACAUUUAAAAAAUUUUAUUUUGGAUGCACUUGGUCCCUCAGAUAAUUCUAUUCCUAUGCACAAAAGAAAUUGUGGUAUCAUUUAUUGUAGAAAGAAAGAAGCGACUGAAAUUGUCGCGCAUAAAUUGACUCUUGCGGGUAUCACUACACUUGCGUAUCAUGGAAGCUUAAAAACUCAAGAACGUAACGAAGUACAAAAUAAAUGGACGAUAGGUGAAAUACCUGUCAUCGCGGCAACAUGUAGUUUUGGGAUGGGUGUUGACAAAGGAUCCGUUAGAUUUGUGGUUCAUUGGACAGUACCUCAGAAUAUUGCGGCGUAUUAUCAAGAGUCAGGAAGAGCUGGCAGAGAUGGCAAUCCGGCAUUUUGUAGGAUUUAUUUUAGCAAUGAGGAAUAUGGACCUAUUUCAUUUCUUAUCAAAGAGGAAAUUACUCGUAAGAACUCGGAACUUGUGAAAAUUAAAUGGCAGAAUUUUGAAAAGAGCGUUGCAUACUGUUUAGAGGCAAAAUGUCGACACGCAGUAUUCUCUAAAUAUUUUGGAGAUUCUCCACCACUUUGCAAAAAUAGAUGCGAUGUUUGUAAGAAUAAGGAUGAAGUACAAACAAGAAUUACUCAAUUUGAAAUGUGUCAGACUAGAUCUAACAAAUCACGAAGUAAUAUGGGCAGUGUAGUGCAAAUGAGCUAUAGUGAUGAUGAAAUGGAUAUGUUCAGUGAGCCACAAGAAUCAAGGGAGAAAAUAAUAGCGGCUGAAAAACGAGAAAGAAAAGAACUUAUUAUGGAGCAGUUUGCACUUCGGCGCGGUACAUCUAGAGAAGAUGAAGUAAGGCGACAAAACAUGAAAGAUUCGAAAAUAGCUCAUGUUCAUGCAGCCAGUAGUACAGAUAGAAAAAUAAAGGGUUUAACUGUUCAAAUACGGGAACACUUUUACAAUGAGUUGAAAACAGCAUUACUCGAAAAUUAUCAACAUUUACGUGCAGAAAUUAACGAACAAUUUGAGGAGGCAAAUACACAUGAUAUGGCUAUUAGUAUAGAAUACAAAAUAUUUUCCAAUUCUAAAGUACCAAAUAAGUACAAAUUUGAUAUGUCUAAAUUGAUUUCGUCGAUACGAAAAUGUACAAGUAAUAAUACUAUGUGCGAAGCAAUACGUGAUUAUACUGGGACUGAAUUUCAUAAUUCCAAAUUUAAUAAUUCUAAUAGUACUAAUAUAUCCAAUGAUGAACAAGUAACAGAUACGGUCAAAACAGGAUUUACCGGAAAUGCUUGUCCAUCAAACAGUUAUAAGACUUUCCUUUCCGGUUUCAAAACUGCAUCGGAAAUUAUAAAUGAAAAAAGAUGUGUAUCUACAUCAGAUAGAAAUAAAAAGGCCAAAUCUAAAGAAUUAUCAUUUAAUAAUAAUGCACAAAAAAGUAUACAUAAAAAUGAUAAAUUGCAGAUACAAAUGGGUGGUUUUGUUUGUGCGCGAAAAAUUCAUGAGAGCAUUGUGGUUAAAUCUAGUACAAGUUCCUCUAAAACAAAAAUUCGCAGAAGCAAAACAGAUAAAAAUGUGAAAAGAACAGUUAAAACAGUUUACGAGCAGAUUUUAGCUUCAGCACAGUCAUCAUCGAAGAAAAAUAUAGAUGAAACAAGGGAUGUUUCUUUUGAAGCAGAAUUAAAAGUAGAUAAUAUUGUUGAUUCUGUUAAAAUUAAAAAUGAAACUAAAGAUAGAAGUAAAAGCAAAAGAGGCAAUGAAUUCAUUGAAUGUCACGAGGAUGAUAUAAAAACUGUUAAGAAAAAAAAAAUUAUACAUAACGAAUAUAAUGAUAAAAUUAACGACAGUGUAUCUGAUAAAAAUAUUGAAGAAACGAUUUUAGAUAAUAAAACCAAAAUAAAUACUAAUAUGAAGUGUACAGAUAUAAUCAAUAUUAAUGUCAAAAAUGUAGAUUCAUCGAGAAUAACAGAAGAUAACACAGGAAAAUGCUUGAAAAGUGCUAAUGUUGAAACUAAAGUGGAAUUAAAAAAGAAAGAACAAAUUUCACAUUUGGCUCGUUUAAAACAUCACACAAAUAAUGAUAGGAAUAAAAUAAAAGUACCUGCAGAUAAAGCGACGCAAUUUAAAACAGCAGAAAUUUUGAAGUCAUAUUUAAUGAAAUAUUACCCGUCAGAACGUCUUCCGGAUAGAGCAACUUUUUCAAAAACUUGCAGAGAACUGCAUUACAAUAUGCUACAAAAGAAAAUAUUUGAUAAAGAAGGCAUACACGACUAUGUUGUAAAUUUUAUGAGUCAAUCUUAAAAGAGUAUUUAUUUCACAUUUAAUAUGCUUAUACUUUUUGUUCAAUAAACAAUAUGAUGACAUGCUAUUUGUAAUCAAUUUAGUUAUGAACAAAUUACUCUACAUGUAUCUACAAAUUUUUGUAUUUAUUAAAAUUCUUAUAUUUUUAUUAUGUAUGUGAAAUUAUAUCUUUCCAUAAAGUUAGUCAAUA